CUGAUUUACACACAGACAGAGGUGAGGAAGAGAAGAGAGUCAGAUAGAUUGAGUGAGACAGAGAAAGAGAGAGAGAGAGAAAGAAAGACAGACAGACAGACAGAGUGGAAUAACUGAGUUUCUCCAGAUGGGGACCCAGAAAAACAUCUGGGUCUCUGUCCUGCUCCUGGUGGCUGCUUUUCAGCAGAACAUCACUGCAGGAUGUAACACUCAGACAUGUAACCCAGCAGUGGACGGGUCCUUACAUGAUUAUGGAGCGAAGACCUUGACCGAAGGUUUGCACAUUCCCUUCCGUCAGUACGCUGGGAAGUAUGUCCUCGUUGUCAAUGUGGCCACCUUCUGAGGACUUACCUUCCAGUAUUUGGAACUGAAUGCACUACAAGAGGAGCUAAAAGAUCUGGGCUUCAUAAUUCUCGGAUUUCCUUGUAACCAGUUCGGGAAACAGGAACCUGGGGAAAAUCAUGAGAUCUUGUCCAUACUAAAAUACGGCCGUCCAGGCAAAGGAUUUGUUCCAAACUUCCAGCUCUUUGAAAGAGGUGAUGUGAACGGCGAAAACGAGCAAAGUGUUUUCACUUUCCUGAAGAAUGGCUGCCCACCUGUUGGUGAAAGCUUUGGAAACCCCAUCAGCAGGCUGUUUUGGGAACCGCUGAAAGUCACUGACAUCAAAUGGAAUUUCGAGAAGUUUCUGGUGGGCCCUGAUGGAAAACCGCUGAUGAGGUGGUUUCCAAGGGUGAACGUUUCCGAAGUCCGGUCUGACAUCAUAAAGCUCAUCAAAGAGCUGAAUUCUAAAAACUAAUCAGCUCCUUAGCUAAAAAGCAUCAUAUAUUUGUAUCUUUCCAGGUGGUUAGAUAAUGUUCUGUUGUGCCAAACAUAUGAACAGAACCAUUUUAAAAUUAGAGAAUCAUACUUUAGUUUAAAGUUAUUCAAUCCCGCACCUUCAGGACCACAGAACUGAGUGAUUUCCACUAGAACAUGCCUGACUCAACACACAAGCUGUUUCAAGUCUGUUCAGAUUAGGGAACCAUUCAGUUGUGAAGAAUUGUAACCCCCCAGACCCAGUUCAUAUAGAACACAGAUGUAGAUUUUAAAAAAAGAAAGAAAAAAAGAUUAAAAAAAAAAAAAAAGUAAUUGAGUGAGGCAGGUAGGAACAUGGUGCACUGUGGUGGUUCUGGAGUUCUGGACAUGUUCAUGAAGCUCAGGUUUAAAAGCAGGACAUUCUGCAAAGCCUGAUUGGAGGCUGGGGGAUAAGAGCAGCUCUUCAGUGCAUUCAGGCUGCUUGGUUCCACCUAGACAUGUCUGGUUCUCUAGAGUGACCCAUCAGACCCUGCUCCUACCUGCGAGGGGAUUCUGUUAAUAAAGCAUUAAAGAAAA